GCUGGUCUUGAGAGGAAUCUGUGAAUAGCUAUCUGAAGAAGGUUAAUUUCUUUCGGGUACCUGCAUUAACACCUUCAGGCUUAUUUUGUCGCUGCGAUAAGCGACUAGAUUGCACAGUUGGUGGCGUGUUCCAUCCACUAAAUUGAUAUCGGACUUCAUCGCAUCUUGUUCAAACUGGUGUGAACCUGUCUCUGGGGCAAUUCAAACUUGGCGACGUAUCCGGAAAAGUGGUGAAUAGGAAAUGUCUCGAGCAACAUCGACAUCGGCUCCUACACUGACUCCUCAGUUUUGCUUUGAUGAGAGAGUGAUGAGAGACUUCUUACGAGUUUCGCGAUCGACCAUAGACGACUCCAUCACUCAAAACCUCAAUGCUCUGAUCACCCCAGCCCGGAAGGGCUUCGACCCCUCAUCCACUGCCGUACGCCAAACAGACAAACUCGGGAAACCGAUAGAUCCGAUAGUCUGUCAGAGCUUUAGAGACAAUGUGCUAUUUCCCUCAUGGCAGGCUCGAUCAGACGUGCUCAACUACUGCGCCGGUGUAGCUACGAGCCCCGAUCCGGAAGACCCGGACCUUAUUCUCCGCCAGAUUGAAUCCGCCAAAGACCGGGAACGGGUUAUUAAUGAGCGACUAGAUCCAUAUUCAGCGCGGUUCUUCCCUCAAGAGGCACGGACGGAGUCUCUGGCCAAUUUGGUUCGGAACCAGCGUACUGUUGAGGAGAUCAUUCGGGCGCGGACGUGGUCUAUGAUCUCUGAGAGAUGCAGCGGUCCUUCGUCGAAUUGGGAGGAGGCACUCAACAGCUGGCGUGAGAGACAGCAGCGGUAGCAUGUCCUAUCAGAAGUCACGCCUGGUGUUGAGGUACGACAUUUCCUUUCCGUAUAAACUCCUCUCCCAUAUCUACCCUUUGACAGCUUCUGGCGAGGUUGAAGGGCAUAAUGUACAUCAAAAUCAUAUGUAAAAUAGUUGCAUGGAAAGGCGUUAUUCGUUGGAUGCGACGGUACCUGGAUAUGGAUCCCUGCGCUGUCGACUCGGUUAGUCUGUCUGUUGUCGGGUUUAAAAUCUCUUAUUUAGACGGUCCUCAUUAUAGAGUAUUAUUUCGAGAAACAGAAAUAUAAAUAACGAGGG